AGCCGUUGACAGCUCAAGUUGGCGGGCUGGGACUGAUGGCGAAUGUCGAUGGAUUCAGUCGGAUACAGAGCGAACAGGCAAAACAGCAAGUGGACGCUGCACUAGUGACUGCCGUCAAUGAUGCCAUUGUCGCCCAGGCUUUUAAAUCUGCGGUGCAGGAGUGCAAAUUCUGCGUGACCGUGGCCAACCCUCAUGGAGAGGACUUUCCACUGAUCGCAGUGUCCGAGGAAUUUGAGACAAUGACAGGCUACACCAGGAAUGAGAUCUUAGGCGUCAACUGUCGCUUCCUCAACCAGGGUGUGGAUAUGAAUCCACAGGACCUCAUUCACCUGCGCGAAGCGAGUGCAACAGGGGCGCCUUUCACAGCCAUUUUACCCAACAGAAAGAGAUCUGGCGAACUCUUCCUGAAUUUGCUUGAUGUCCGCGGCCUGACAGUGGCACGAAACCCGAAGACUGGUGAAGAUCUUUGGUAUCUUAUCGGUAUCCAGGCUGACGUUUCAGAACUGGGAGAGGAGCAGAUGCCAGAUGAACACUUUGCAGAGCUGCAAAUGAUGUCACACUUCAUCAGGGAGAAAAUCAUCAAGGAGUUGUCAGAGUACGCGCUGAGUACAGAGACCUGCGAAGCAGAGCCUGGCACUUUUGAGUUGCUGCCGACGCCAGAGUGGAGACCUGGCGGGAGACUCGGGAGCCGACAGUUCAGCGCAGCAAAUUGUUCCAGAGUGACUACAAAGUCUAAUUUGGAGACCCAGUCCAGUGUGAGAGUGCACUGGGGAAGCGUGCAGAAAGCUGCACUUUUCAGUGCAAUCGGAGUGAGCCUUGUUUUUUUAGUUUUCUACCGGCGUGCACUGAGACCGAAAUGAGACCUUGCAAGAUGCGUGG